GGAUAAGAGCCCGAGCCGGGUAAGACAACGUCAUAAAAAUAAAGAAAAGAAAAGGGCCGGCUCUUGUUGCGGCAUUUCGGGAGAGUACAUGCACACACUGGGCGAGAGCGAGAGCGAGACCGCAUUGCCAAGUCCACUUAGAAAUCUUGUGUCUCCUUCCAUUUCAUGCCGGAAUGGUUAGCGAUGGAAUCGCAGCACCAAAUUCGGAUUCGGAUCCAAUCCCAUUCUACCGCACCCUCCUCCGCUCCUGUGCUCUGGGCCACUCCCCUCCCUACCUCGGUCGCCAGCUCCACGCCGCACUCCUCAAGUCCGCCCUCCUCCUCCUCUUCCCCUCCCUCUCCGCCGCGCUUUUCCACAUGUACGCCGCCGCCGGCCCCCCCUCCGCCGCCCUCCACGCCUUCCGCCGCCUCCUCCCCCCCUCCGCUCGCUCCACCGUCGCCUGGACCGCCCUCAUCUCCUCCCACGCCGCCCUCCCCGCCCGUGCCGUCCGCCUCUUCCGCUCCAUGCGCCGCGCCGCCGUCCCCCCCGACGUGGUCACGCUCCUCGCCCUCCUCUCCGCCUCCGCCCGCCUCGCCGACCCCGCCGCCGCCGCCUCCGCCCACCUCCUCUUCCUCAAGCUCGGUCUCCCCUUCUCCGUCCCCGCCUGCAACGCCGCCAUCGACGCCUACGCCAAGUGCGGCCGGAUGCCCGACGCUCGUCGCCUCUUCGACGAGAUGCCCUGUCCCACGGUCGUCUCCUGGACCGUCCUCCUCUCGGGCACCCUGCGGCGGGAGGGGCUUGCCAGGGGGCGGGAGGUAUUCGACCGAAUGCCCCAGAAGAAUGAGGUCUCCUGGACGGUCAUGGUCGUCUCCUGCAUCGAAGCUGGGCUUCCCAGAGAAGCGCUGUCCCUUCUUUCUCAGAUGCUCUUCUUGGAUGAUUCAGUAAGAAAUCUUAACCACAUUAGCUUGUGUUCUCUCCUCUCAGCAUGCUCUCAGGCCGGAGAUUUAACUGUUGGCCGUUGGAUCCAUGCCCACUUCACAAAAACAGGUCUCUUUGGCGGCGCUUAUCUUCUUAUGGUGCGCACUGCUUUGGUUGAUAUGUAUGCAAAGUGCGGAAGGAUAGACACUGCCCGCCAUUUGUUCGAAAUAAUGCCCCGCAGAAAUCUGGUUGCUUGGAAUGCGAUGCUGAGUGGGCUCUCGAUGCACGGAAUGGCUGCUGAGGUGCUAAAAUUGUUUUCCCGAAUGGUUGCAGAAGAAGCAUUGCAUCCAGAUGAUAUCACCUUUGUAGGCGUUCUGAGUGCAUGCAGCCGGUCUGGUCUCGUAGAACAAGGUCGGAAGCUUUUCCACGAACUCAGCACGGUAUGCGGAUUGACACCCAAGGUAGAGCACUAUGCUUGCAUGGUGGACCUCCUGGGCAGGGCGGGACGGUUAGAGGAAGCAGAGGCUCUGGUCAGGGAAAUGCCCAUCCUCCCUAAUGAGGUCGUAUUGGGUUCCCUCCUCGCCUCCUGUAGUCUUCAUGGAAAGCUAGAUUUAGGAAGACGCUUGAUGGAGGAGCUGGUGCAGAUGGACCCACAUAACACCGAAUACCAUGUGCUGCUGUCAAACAUGUAUGCGUCUUCAGGAAGGCAUUUCGAGGCCGGCAAUCUUAGAGAGACAAUGAGGAGGAAAGGAAUUAAAAAGGCUCCCGGUAUUAGUUUUAUCGAAGUCAAUGGACAAGUGCACCGAUUUAGUGCUGGGGACAAAUCGCACCCACAAGCACGAGAGGUGUAUGCCAUGUUGGAUGAAGUAGUUCGGAGGCUGCGGUUGGUUGGGUAUGUCCCAGAUGUGGCCUCUCAGAUUUCCCGUGUCAUGGAUAAUUACUUGGAAAAUGGUGAGGAGCGAGAAGAGAGAGAACAGGCUCUAUUAGUUCACAGUGAGAAGCUUGCAAUAUGUUUUGGUCUGAUCAGCACACGGCCUGGUUUGCCUCUACGCAUCUUUAAGAAUCUUCGUAUCUGCACAGAUUGCCAUGCAGCAAUAAAGCUGAUCUCUGACAUUUUCAGAAGGGAGAUCAUUGUCAGAGACCGAAAUCGCUUCCAUUGCUUUAAGAAAGGUCCAACAUAAACGAGCAGGCGCGUGUGCUCUGCUACUCCAACAGAACGGUUGUGGAAUAAUGUUUGUAACUAGCUAUGCUUCGGCAGGAUAGUUGGUGGUUUAGUUCUUCUGCAUGCAAGCACGUUGUUUUGGAUGCUGCGGAGUCUGCUAAACUGAUUCAAGGAGCAAGCGCUGAUGGUUAAUGACGGCUUCUCCUCCUCUGUGGUGGCAGCUCUUCCAUGGCUUCCCCUUCCCUCUAGUCUCCCCCUCCUUUUCCUCCCUCCCAGUCCCGCAUGCCCUGGGUUUGAGGCCCUCCUUCCACGCCUUCUAUAACCUGUGGAGCCCUCUUUCUAGAUCGACUCUCUCCGUCCAUGGCAGCUGAUGCUAAACUGAUUCAAGGAGCAAGCGCUGAUGGUUAAUGACGGCUUCUCCUCCUCUGUGGUGGCAGCUCUUCCAUGGCUUCCCCUUCCCUCUAGUCUCCCCCUCCUUUUCCUCCCUCCCAGUCCCGCAUGCCCUGGGUUUGAGGCCCUCCUUCCACGCCUUCUAUAACCUGUGGAGCCCUCUUUCUAGAUCGACUCUCUCCGUCCAUGGCAGCUGAUGCCAUCGACCAGCUCCGAAGAGAGACCUCGGCCUCAUGCUGAAGCACUUCUCCCAAUGUACAAGCUCAAAAGAGAAUGAGGAAGAUCUCUAUAGAUGUUCAAAAAAGAGGAAAACAAUUUCGGCCGUAAGGCCUUAUAUGCUUUUGAUCCUUCAGAACUGCGGUAAAAGGUCCUUGGAUUCCCAUUGAAGUAUGUAGACGAAAAAACAAAUUAUGCUACCAAUCUAUUCUAUGA